AUGCAGCUCUCUAGCAAAUUCAUGGCUCUGACUCUGCUUCUUGCUCCGCUUGCAUUGACUGCUCCUACCGAGGAUACAGUUGGUCCUACCAGAUGCAAACCUGGCACCUAUUGGUGCAGAUUUAUGGUUGGUACUGUCCUCUUACUGCCCACUGAGAUGAUCUGCCAAAUCAGCUUUGAAACCUUGAAAUCAAAUUCCCAAAGGAUUCGAGGUUUGGGAGGAAUUAGAACAUUUGGUCUCGCUUCGACCAGCUAUCCUCAUGGACAGUCAGCCACAAUUUCUAAGUCGAAGGCCGGCGCUCUCUUCCCGGGAAUGCCAUUUGUUGCAAGAUCAAGUAUGAUCACGAUAACCUGUGGGCACACUGUGUGCGCCAUAAGGUUCCACAGGCAUACUCUUCCUGGAUCAUCCAGCAGAAUGUUUCGUCCGCCAAUUGAUCGAUCCACCAAACCUGGGUCUCCGCACUGCCAGCGGCAACGACAACCCAGGCAGUUCUUGAUACUAGCUGGCGCUGGCCAAGAUGACCUACGACAGUCAUUGCUUGACCACCCGGAUAAAGGAGCGCCUUUCUGUGACAUUUCUACAUCGGAUGCAAACGGUCGAACAACCUUCAGCACGCGGAUCCUGAAUCUGCUUAAGUCCUCCUGA